UCUAAAAAACAGAUGUCUUACUCAUACGGGGACAACACUAAAAAGUGGUACUCUAAAACAUUACAAAACAGGUGUCGUCAACCAUUUUACACAAUUGUUUUUAAACAACAGUCUGUAAAUAUAUCAGACAGCUGCUCGGAAGACUACUGAAAUCAGCACCAGGAGACUACUAAAAGAAACAGUUGUCAGCAUCUGUUUUUGACGUAGUGCCAGGUGACCUACUUUCUUAAUCCAAGCUUAAUAUGCAAUAAUACCUUUAAGUUUUUAAACAAGAUUAUCAAUUAAACCCAAUCAUUGGUUGACCGGGAAAUGGCAUUCGGACGAUUACCUUCAUGCAACCAACCAUCAUCGCAUAACGAACUAAAAACCAACAAAUGUUUAGGGGUAAUUUACCUAAAUAGGACUAAAACAUAAUGACCAUAUGUUUUUAUUUCCCAAUGUAGGGCCAUUGGUCAUUAUCUAUUAGUCAUUUUUCAACUAAAUGUCCAGCAUCACUUGGACAUUAUUCUUCUCACUAGACAUUAUUAAGUCCUACUUAUGGAAUAAAAAAGUUUAAGUCCUACAUUGGGAAGUGACUUAUGUUUUAGUCCUAUUCAGUGCAAAUUUCACAAUGUUUAAAUGAGCAUCACAUCAUUGGAUGAAACUCCAUCGUGUCACAGUAGUUCCUUUUGUCGAGCAAACAACCCACCUUCGAACCUAGCGGCGUCCAUCCCGAAGCAACCUGGCAAAUGUGCAGCCCGCCCCUCCUGUCUAGGUGCUCUACUGAAGACGACAACAUCAAGAAAGAGAUUAUCGAAAGUGGGAAAGAAAGAAAAAUAGCAAGAACGGAAACAGAGAAGCAAGUCGGUUGGACAUCCACGAACAAGGUCAGCUGCAGCGUCCGUCCAAAACUAGCAACCAACACCCAACGGAAUCCCCAUAGUGGGUCAAGAGUGCACAAUGAUGCAGUGAGGAACACAAAGAAGCAAAACUUCGAUUUAUGCGCAAUAGAAUUCAAGGUUGAAGUCAGGACACGCAACCCCCCAAAUUUUGUCAAUUUUCCCCAAUUUGAUUUCAUAUUCACAACAAUAAAUCAAACAAUCCAAUACCCAUAAUCACCGACUCAAUAUCAAUUGAACAAGAAUAUAUUAACGUAUACUAAUCUAAGAAUUAAUUCUAACGAGAGAUAAAUCACUCACCUUGAACUGGGGAACAAUUCCGGCGAGGAAACUUCGGCGAAUUCCUCCGGCGAACUCUGGCAUCUCUCCUGUCGGUUUGAUCCGUCGCGUGUGAGAAAGAAGAAGAAAGAUGCUUGUGCAGCGUGUUUCCCCAAGUACAGUAGGUGCGUUUUUUUAUAUGCAUAGGCAAUUUCCUCGUACUCUGUAUUCAAUUGGGGGUUUAUGUGAAGGACAAUCCACCACGAGGCCUCCGCUGUUUUACAGAACAAACUACACCUAUUGGAAGGAGCGGAUGAGGAUUUACAUCCAAUCCACCAACUUUCUCCUUUGGAGAAUUAUCAAAAAUGGUGAAGACGUGCCAAUGAAGAAGGUCGGGGAAACCAACAUCCCUAAGACCAAGAAUGAAUAUAAUGCACAAGACAUCAAGAAAGUGGAAAACAAUGCCAAGGCCAUCAACAUCAUCUAUUGUGCCUUUAACCCGGAUGACUACCGGAAGAUUUCUUGUUGCACCACCGCGAAGGAAAUGUGGGACAAACUAGAAAUCACCUACGAAGGUACGGAUCAAGUCCGAGAAGCUAAAAUUGAUUUUCUAACCCAUGAAUAUGAAUUGUUUCGUAUGAAGGAAAACGAGAAAAUCGAUGAGAUGUUUAAACGAUUCUCCAAAAUCGUCAAUGAUCUUCAUGCUCUCAAGAAGACGUACACGGACAAGGAGCUUGUGAGAAAAAUCCUGCGAAGUCUCACACUGGAAUGGCACUCCAAAGCCGAUGCCAUCCAAGAGUCCAUCGGCAUCACCAACAUCACCAUUGACGGGCUUAGAGGUAACCUCAAAACAUAUGAGUCCACCAUCCUAUUCCCUUCUUUAGGUGAACAAAAGAAGAAGGGGAUUGCACUAAAGGCUACCUCAAGUCAAGAACCCGCCAUGGAGGAAUCAAGCGAUGAGGACAACGAGUUCGGGCUCGUCAUCAAAAAGUUCCACAAGUUCAUGCGAAAAGAGUAUGAACGAAAGGGCAAAAAGCAUGGAGGACCACCCAAGUGCUAUGGGUGUGGAGAAGUUGGGCACAUCAAGCCAAAAUGCCCAAAUGCCAAAAACGAGAAGGAGAAGAAACCGUUCAAGAAGCACCGAGCUUACAUUUCAUGGGGAGGAAUGGCACUUCAAGUCUUCGUGCUUGUCGUUGCAGCACUUUAAUCUUGACUUGAAUAAAUUGUGUUUGUCAAU